AUGGUAGCCGCAAUAGAACUGCUCACGUUCCCAAAGAGAUCAAAGACCACCACAGCCCCAACCACAUCCGCCUCGUUCGAAUUCCGCAGAAACAUGCCGUGGAAUAACAGACCGGAACUGGUAGUAUACGGGCUGGUUGACGUACAGAACCAUCGCAUUGGGCGGGUCGAAGCUUCGGCCAUUCACAGCGUGCGGUAUAUAUAUAUUGGGAGGCCCGAGAUACUUGCAGAAGCCGAGAGAGGUCUUGACGCGCAGGAAAGGCCUUGCGACUUCAAGCUUCAAGACGAGUGGGUGAUCUACGCUGGAGAAGAAUGCCUCGUUAAUGAGAGGCGUUGGAUCGACAAGGCGAGGGAUCAAACGGUGUACGAGAACGGGAUGGAUGUCGUCGAGUUGGUGAUCCUCAGUUGGAUGCGACUCUCUAAGAAGCAACAUAGAGAAGGAAAGGGACGCACCCGCUUCGUAGGCGAACUCCAGAUUCAGCCUCUCCGCAUCGUUCCCGAUGUCGUUGCACGUAUCUCCAGCGAGAGCGAGAAACAGGAAAACCAUCGGAACGUGACGUAUCUGGUACUUAUGCGGUGCUCUAACUCUGCGUCAAUACCGCUACACAACGAACGUGCGGAGUACGUGAACAGGGUUGCAGAUACCUUCAUAGUGUGCAACGAUAGCAGCGACACCAAGAGUCUUGACAGUCUCGAGCUCCAGCCCUCGUCGGAACCGCAAGAGGGUCGGGCGGGGGAGGUAUCAACAGCGCCGAAACGGUUGUUAGGCGUUCAUUGGUUCAUCGGAGACAUGCGAUUGGGGGUAGUAACCCAGCCUGGUGUGAAGGAAGCGUAUCAGGCUAGCUCUGCACAUGAGCGCGCUGGCAAGGGAUACUCACGAGGGAUGAACUUGACCAGAGACCAGGCUGCGAAGAUAUGUCAGCUCGUUGGCUGGGUCGACAUACCCUCUGGUAUACGAGGUGUGCGGAAGAAUGGAGGGACGAGUUGUAGCUUGCUGGGUUGUGUACAAGAGCAGCAAAUGGUCGUGCGGGGCGAAAGGGCUGGUCGAUGGACAUUGCUGUUUCAGCGAGCAUAUGACGAACAAUCGAGAUGUCACUCACAACUUGCGUCCGUGUUCAAUGGCUGCCUGCAGGCUAUCCAGUUAGGCAUACGUAACGGAGAUGAAGGUUUGAGCAAAGGGAAAGAGGGACGCGUCGUUGUUUAUUCAGCCCUUAUGAUGGAAGGUACGUUCUGCAAAGUGCUCAGCUUGACUUUUUCUGGAUCUGAGAGCUACCUCGAAGAGGACAAACAGUUGCUAUUUCGUGUUGAAACACCCCACAGUAGGAACCGCGACGAGCGUACUCUCAUCGAACUUCCGAAGCCUCCUCACUGGGACGAUGCGCGGAAGAAUGAAAUUUUGCAGAACGUCACACUGACAUGGUCUCUGGAUCAAUUUAAUCAGUCGUCUGGCGUCAAGCCCGACAGUUCAUCUUCCAACCGCAGGGAACGUGCACAUCACCCGCAUGCUCCUCAGAGGACAAAGAUGGAUCGCCACAAACACACCCUUGUGACCUCAUCGCAAAGCGUGAGUGUCCCUUCAAGCCUAGCGCCCGAUGGUAUUUACGAAGUAAAAGGCGAGAGGGUUUAUCCUGCUCCGAGGGAGCUACCGUCCACCCGCACAGGAGAAGAUAGCACCUCCAUCACAGAAGUGACGAUAUUCCAACAGCGCAAAUUUCAGAAGUACCGCGAUGCAAACUCUAGUGGUGGCUUCUACUGGAUUGGCACCUGCUCUGACGGUUUAAUCGACACGCCAGCGAUUCCGCCUGAUCAGGCCGAAGCCAGAGAUUUGGUUCUUCAUCGAUCCAAAGCGGGAUAUCAAGUCUGGAUUCGGUCUGGCAAAGGCAGCCUUCAGUGGCUUCGGGCGGGUGCUGGGCACACGCCUCUAUAUGAUCGAUUCAUCGCGAUCACGGAGAAGGGUCGUCUGACACUGGUGAAAGAAGAGCAUUGGAAAAGGGAGUACAAAAAGGAUUACGACAGCGGAGGUUCUCCCAUCAUUGAAGCAUAA